UUUUCCUCUCUUUUUUUUCCUCAAAUGUUCGUUAAUUAUUGAAAUUUUCAUGAGCACACGAGAGAGUUCGUAACAACGUCAUUAUCAUCCCUCUACCGAAUCUAUUCCUACUCUCAACCACCGUUUUCUUCACACAUUUGCUUUGCAUUGUCGAAAUUCACUAACCCUCUUACGAGACUCUAAGUCCAUUUCAGUUACAGAGAGUGUGAGAGAGAGGAGAUGGAGAGACAAAGAAGCUUCUCUAUCAAGUCCACAAGAGUCUUCUUAGCAUUAAUCAUCACAACAAUCACUUCCGCCAUUAUUUUCUUCACUCUCUUACUCAAAUCCAACUCUUCAAACGCUAACUUCCAAAUCGAUUUAAGCCCUUUAGCAUCCAUUAACGAGACUACCAACCUCCACCACAUCUCCGAUUCUUCAGUCUCUCCUCAACAAGCUCCGAUUCUGAUCUCGACCCAUUUCCCCCCGCCCGAAAACACUUCCGGGUCUGCAAAAAUUCCGGAUUUUGAUCACAAAACUCGCGGCGAGGUUAAGGUCGUUACUAAUCUAACCUCAUCAGUCAAAGUGAUUGAACUCACGAGAAACAACGACGAAGAGAAGAAGAAGAAGACAAAGAAGAGAAUCGAAGAGUGUGAUGUUACGAACGGGAAGUGGGUUUACGACAGUGACUACCCAAUCUACACGAAUGCUUCUUGUCCGUUUAUCGAUGAAGGGUUUGCUUGUCAGAGCAACGGAAGGUUGGAUCUUGAUUACAUGAAGUGGAGAUGGGAGCCUCGUGAUUGUGAUACUCCAAGGUUUAAUGCUACAAAGAUGUUGGAAAUGAUAAGAGGGAAAAGGCUAGUGUUUGUUGGUGAUUCUAUCAAUAGAAACCAGUGGGAGUCUAUGCUUUGUAUGUUGUUUCAAGCUGUUAAAGAUCCCAAGAGAGUUUAUGAAACGCAUAAACGAAGAAUCACUAAAGAGAAAGGGAACUAUAGCUUUCGUUUUGCGGAUUAUAAAUGCACUGUGGAAUUCUACGUUACUCAUUUCUUGGUUCGUGAGGGUAAAGCAAGAAUCGGAAAGAAGAGAAGAGAAACGCUUAGGAUUGAUGCUAUGGAUCGAACCUCUUCGAGAUGGAAAGGUGCUAAUAUCUUGGUGUUCAAUACAGCACAUUGGUGGUCUCAUUACAAGACCAAAUCCGGGAUCAACUAUUACCAAGAAGGAGACUUGGUUCAUCCAAAGCUCGAUGUAUCAACCGCUUUCAAGAAAGCAUUGCAGACUUGGUCAUCAUGGGUUGACAAAAAUAUCGAUCCAAAGAAAACUCGAGUCUUCUUUAGAAGCGCAGCACCUUCUCAUUUCAGAGGAGGAGAAUGGAACUCAGGAGGACAUUGCAGAGAAGCCAACAAGCUGUUGAAUCAAACAUUCAAACCGAGUUAUUCAGGCAAAAACAUCAUUGUUGAGGAAGUACUCAAGCAGAUGAAAACACCAGUUACUCUCUUGAACGUUAGCGGUUUAUCUCAGUACAGAAUCGAUGCUCACCCUUCUAUCUUUGGAGCAAAACCAGAGAACAGACGAAGGUCACAAGCUGUUCAAGAUUGCAGUCAUUGGUGUCUCCCUGGUGUUCCUGAUACUUGGAAUCACUUCCUUUACCUCCAUUUGCUCCAUAAACGAUAGAAUACCAAAACUAACAGCUCAAGACAUUAUUUUUUCACAAGUUUGUUUAAUUGUUUCCAAAUUUGAUCAAAAAGAAAAAAGAAAAACGAAAACCAAAUUUAGAUUGAAAGAAAGAGAUAAACCAAAACAAAAAUGCAUGCAUGCAUGAUGCAUGUAACAUACUGG